AUGUCCGUCUCAAGUCAAGAGACUUCCACGCCAAUGGAGAAGCCAAUGCAUCAUGAAGUGGAAAAGGUCGAGGUCGAGCAGACAGAAAAGGUGCUUGGCGAUGGCGAUUUGCUCAGCGAGGCCGCUGCGGCUGAGAAUAAGGAACAUGAGAUGGGCGUGUGGGAGGCGGCAAAGAAGCAUCCCUGGGCGUGUCUGUGGGCCUUUACCAUGUGUUUUACAAUCGUCAUGGAAUCCUUCGACAUGUUUCUGAAUGGAAACUUUGUGGCUCAAAGUGCCUUCCAGAAGAAAUAUGGUGUGCGCGUCGGUGACGGCUAUGUCAUUCCCACAAAAUGGCAGACUGCCCUCUUCCAAUCCGGUCAAUGUGGUGCCUUUGUGGGUGUCUUCGUCGCCGGCCCUAUCACCAACCGGAUUGGUUAUCGCUGGACUACCAUCCUGGCUCUGAUCAUGAUGAAUGCUACAAUCUUCAUCUCUUUCUUUGCGGACUCGCUUGCUCUCUUGGUCGUGGGUCAAGCCCUUGAAGGUGUGCCAUGGGGCUUUUUCAUCGCCAAUGCACCCGCCUAUGCUAGUGAAGUCGUUCCUCUUGCGCUGCGAGGUGCUUGCACAGCUACCCUGCAAAUGUCCUGGUCCAUUGGAUCCAUUAUCGUGGCCGCUGCUACUUAUAGCUACAACAAGCGCACGGAUGAAUGGGCCUGGCGGGCCCCUCUCGCUCUGCAGUGGCUGUUUCCUGUGAGUGUCGAUCCAAGAAGUUUGACUUAUAAAGUUGACUAUCGAUCAAACUCUCUGAAACUCAUCAUACUGACAAAUAUUGAAAAGACUCCCCUGCUGGUCCUUCUCUUCUUCGCUCCCGAAUCCCCCUGGUGGCUCAUCCGUCGUGGGCGCAAGGCAGAGGCCCUCCGCAGCAUCGAGCGUCUGGGUGAUGGAAAUCCAGAGAAUACGCAACAAUCUCUGGCCAUGAUGGAGCGCACCGUCGAGAUCGAGGCCCAAAUGGGCGGAUCUCCCAACCUUCUCGAUCUUUUCAAAGGCGUCGAUCUGCGUCGAACCACAAUUACCUGUCUGGUGUACGCCUCGCAGAACUUUGCCGGUAACUUGAUCGCGAAUCAGGCCACUUUCUUCUUUGAGCAAGCCGGCAUCUCCCACGACAUGUCCUUCCAACUCAAUCUCGUCAACUCCUGCCUCCAAUUCAUCGCCAACGCCCUCUCCUGGUUCCUCACCCCUUACUUCGGCCGCCGCACCAUCUACCUCUGGGGUACCGCCACCAACAUCACCCUCCUCUUCAUCCUCGGCAUCGUCGCCUCCAUCCCCCAAAACCCCGCCACAAACUACGUCCAAGCCGUCCUGGGCAUCCUCAUCUCCUUCGUCUUCGCCGGCUCCAUCGGCCCCAUCUCCUACACCAUCAUCUCCGAGACAAGUUCCGUGCGUCUGCGCGCUCUCAGCACUGGAGUCGGCCGCGCAGCAUACUACGUCGCGGAGAUCCCCAUGAUCUAUCUCGCUUCGCAGAUGCUCAACGCUACGGGCUGGGAUCUGGCUGGCAAGUGUGGAUAUGUCUGGGGUGCAACAGCCGUCGUCUGCUGGGUGUCGGCGUACUUCUUCUUGCCGGAGCUGAAGGACCGGUCGUAUCGGGAACUGGAUAUCUUGUUCAAUCGCAAGACGCCGGCGAGAAAGUUCAGGAGUACUGUUAUCGAUGUUCGGGAGAAUCAUUAG